AUGGAUAGUUUAUCGGGGGAUGAUCUCUCUAUUAUCUCCAAGCAUCCUUUCAAUGACUCCCUUCAUCGUUUGCACAAGUACCUUCAAGAGUCUGAACACUACUGUAAUGAUAAAGCGACGGAUGACAGCGAAUAUUUUCAAGAUGCAAUAUCGAAACUGCUUACUACAUUGAUGGGUGAAAGAUCAGCUUUCAAUCUUCGCUCACCGGCAAGCAACCAAGAUGUGGCUUCUGAGCUGUCAGGUAUUUUCCGCCGCCUGCGCAGUGGGGAUUUCAGCUACGAAGAUUACCGUCCGUUGGUACGGCUCAUACUCCAAAAAGCGUCUGACAUUGACAUAUGGAAGACUGUAUUCGAUCUUAUCGUCGCUGUAUCGCGAUGUACACCCCUUCCAACCGUUCCCCCGACAUCACAGGCCACACCGCUGAGAUCUACUUCCUCUUCCCAGCAAGGCAAAGAACAGACGCGUGAGCUUGUAGAGCUGAGGAUCUUUGACGAGAUUAAGACGUGCACAUACAGGGUUGUUGAGGGCUUCGACGCGAAAUAUUUCCAAGGAAAGGACUGGGAGGAAGGUUUUUCCACCAUCUAUGAGAGAGUGCUACAGCGAGGCCACGAUGAGGUUGAGGACUUUCCCGAUCCUCCGACGGAGGAAGACGUUCUUGAGUGGUUGUUCGGCCUCCAGGAGAGGUUCUUUGCUGAGACGCGCGGGUACUACUACAAGAAGACGAUAAAGAAGAAAGACCUGACCGGGUCGGAAGCCGAGCGACAGCUCGAUUUCUUGAUGAAGCGGAGAAAGAACGAGAACAAGGACACCAGACAUGACUGGAAGGAUAUCCAUGUCAUCGGUGAGCUGAAGCAGCCCGAUUUUGACAAGGGGACACUCUUACAGAUGGAGCGGUACGUGCGAGACGUCUUCGCUGCGCAGCCGACCCGUCGGUUCGUCCACUCCUUCACCCUUUGUGGGUCUGAAAUGGAGUUAUGGGUGACUGACCGAUCAGGCCCGUAUAGCUCUGGACCCUUUGAUAUUCGCCGUGACCCUAAAAGAUUCUUCAGGGCCAUGAUUGGAUAUACGUUGAUGAGCGAUGAAGAGCUAGGACUCGACGUGUUCACCACCUUGCACGAUGACGGAUGCCGGACAGUCUCUAUAUCAGAUGCUGACAGCGGAAGGAAACAACUGCGGCUACAACCAAAACCUAUCGCCGUUCAGUCAGCUGUUGUUUGUCGUGGCACCUGCUGCUUUCUCGCCAACCGCCCAGGCAUUCCAAACUCGGAUGGUGAAAGCGUGGUCAAGUUCUCGUGGAUGUCUGCCAGACGGCGCCCGGAAGUCGACCUUCUCCGACUCGCACACCAACGCGGUGUGAAAGGGGUUGCCAAAGUCAUUGGGCAGGGCACCGUCACGAGCAUCGCGGAGCUGCGUGAUGGUCUUUCUUUUGGGGAGCCGUAUCCUUUCCGCGGUCGUCCUGCUCUCAGUGUGUCGUCUUCGUUUAGCCUAUCGCAACCCCAGAGCCAGCAGUCUCAGUCAAUUACACAGCUGCAGGGACUAAGCCUCGCGAAGGGCUCUUCAUCGGGUUCUUCGAGGAAGCGGAAAUCUAGACAGGCGGUAGGUGCACCACCUCUCAAACGGUCACGGUCGAGCAAGAGAUUCCAGGAUAUCGCAUCCAAUGACGAGGUGUCGUUCGAUGUCGAGGCAGCGCAGAAGACUAGCCUGGUCGCCUCCACGAGAGAAGGGCCGUUCGACAACCGCAUCUUCCGCUGUUUGGCCAUCACACCUGCAGGACGGGCGAUCCAUCAGUUCACUUCGGCAAAGGAGUUGCUGCUUGCGCUACGCGAUGCGAUCAAGGCGCACCGGUCCCUCUACCUGGACGGCAAAAUCCUCCAUCGCGAUAUCUCUGAGAACAAUAUCAUCAUCACCAAUCCGGACAAGGCUGAUGGCUACCACGGCAUGUUGAUCGACCUUGAUCUCGCCAAGGAACGCGACAAGGGCCGCACUGGGGCGAGACAGCAGACAGGCACGAUGGAGUUCAUGGCGAUUGAGGUGUUGGACGGAACAGACCAUACCUACCGUCACGAUCUAGAAUCGUUUCUCUACGUGCUUAUUUGGCAGUGUGCUCGUCACGGUUGGAGACUAUCGACGAACUUACAGGGCCGACCCAAAGUAAGCCGCCUGGCAAAGUGGUAUACAGGAUCAUACGACGACAUUGCACGUAUUAAAGCGAGUGAUAUGGGUGCCAAAAGAUUCGAAAAUCUGUUGGUUGAGUUUCCGCCCGAGUUCGAGGAGGUAAAGUCUCUGUGUCGAGAUGUGAGGAAGGUCUUGUUUCGUAUCUACAAAGAUGAUAUUUUUACAGGGACACCAGUGAAAUCGGAAGUUCUCUAUGAUCCAAUUAUUCAAGCCUUUGACAGGGCUAUUACACUUAAUAAUGCGAAAAUAUAA